CUUCUCCGCAUGCGCCACCGAGCUCCUGGGGCGGUGCUGCUCAAUCCGGGUAUCCGGCGGCCUGUGGCAGUUUUGUUUUCUUGGCUGGAACUGGGAAAGUGAGGCGGCCCGGCGCGGCGCGACACCGGGCUCUGGACCGACUGCACGCGCGGGGCUGGACUGACCUGAAAAAAAUGUCUGGAUUUCUAGAAGGCUUGAGAUGCUCAGAAUGCAUUGAUUGGGGGGAAAAGCGCAAUACUAUUGCUUCCAUUGCUGCUGGUAUCCUAUUUUUUACAGGCUGGUGGAUUAUCAUAGAUGCAGCUGUCAUUUAUCCCAGUAUGGACGAGUUCAACCACUCCUACCAUGCCUGUGGUGUUAUAGCAACCAUAGCCUUCCUAAUGAUUAAUGCAGUAUCGAAUGGACAAGUGCGAGGUGAUAGUUACAGUGAAGGUUGCCUGGGUCAAACAGGUGCUCGCAUUUGGCUGUUCAUUGGUUUCAUGUUGGCCUUUGGCUCUCUGAUCGCAUCUAUGUGGAUUCUUUUUGGAGGGUAUGUUGCUAAAGAAAAAGCCAUAGUAUACCCUGGAAUUGCUGUAUUUUUCCAAAAUGCCUUCAUCUUUUUUGGAGGACUCAUUUUUAAGUUUGGCCGCACUGAAGACUUGUGGCAGUGAAAACAUCUGAUUUAUUACUGCAGAGAAGUCCUGCAUGGGUUUGGUUUUUAUUUUCACUGCUCACUCCCAGUCUUUUGUAAUGCCAUUUUCUAAACUUCUUUCUGAGUGUAGUCUCAACUUAAAUUUGUAUAAUACUAAAAUCAUGAGAACUCCCUAUUUAAACAACAACAACAACAGCAAAAUCUAUUGUGGUAUGCAUUUGAUUAACUUGUAAAAUGUUAAAAAUAUUUCAUAUGAGAAAUUUUUAUUAUGUUUUAUCAUGGUAUAAUUUGUAAAAAUAAAUCACAAAAGAAAUUAUGGAAGCAUCUUAUAUGAGUAUUUGUCAUAUCCAAGGUGCAAAACUGCAGUUAAAGUUCUCUGAAGAUUUAAUGUGUUUAUUUAAAUGUGGCCUCUUCUGUGUCAAAUGUUAAAUGAAAUAUAAACAUAUUGUUGUUUUUAAAAAACUA